AUGUCCAUAGCCAUAUCCACUUCUGGAUGGCCGUUUCCAACCGACUGUAAGUCUAUUCCUACGGUAGAGGACGAUUGCUCUUCAGGCCUCCGAGAAAAGUCAGGGAGUUCGCUUACCAGGGUCAUCUGCGAACCCGGUGCAGCUGAGAUCAAGAGUUGUUUUCCUGAAGAUGUCCGGGGUUUUGAAGAGCUUGAGGCGCCUGAGUGGUGGCCUCUUGCCCUAGUAGUAGAGCGGGAUGGGUUUAUCCCAUCGUCACACGCGGAGUUGGCGGUAUGCACGGAGCUGGAACUCAGGGUGCAGGUAUCGAACAUUGCAAAAGCCUCGCUGGAGCUCGUUGAACUGCCGUUAUCAGGAGGAUCCACCUGCAUGGCAUCGCUAAGCGCACCAGACCGUGCGGGAGAGGCGCUUGCACUGGUACCCUCAUCAUCACUGCCAUCCGCCUUGACGACCUGCGGCUUGAACUCCGGCUGCGACUCCAGGACGCUGCCAAAGGCGUGCCAAAGCGCCUGA